CGCGGUUCACUCACCAGGUAUUUUGGAGGGGUCAGGUCUCUAGGCCGAACAUCUACCGGGCUGCUUGCGGAGCUCCAGCGGAGGUUUGUUUCCCUCGAAGCUUCACUCUACCCCAGUCAAAGUCAACAAUCCCCUUCAGACCAAAAAAUGUCGAGCCAAUUUGAGCUCGCGCAGAACCCUACUGAUCCCAUCUCCGCCGUCAAAUUUGCGACAAACACGCCCACGCGCCUGCUGGUCUCAUCAUGGGAUCGUCACGUCUACCUAUAUGACACACACGCCGAACCUGGCGGCAAGCUCCUGCAGAAGUUCGAGCACCGCGCUCCCGUUCUUGAUGUCUGUUUCGGCCGCGAUGACAACGAGGCUUUCACCUGCGGCUUGGACUGGGAAGUGCGCAGAAUAGACCUCUCUACCGGCGCCCAAACCGUGCUCUCGACUCACACGGCCGGCGUGCGCAAUAUUCUUUAUUCAAAACCCCACAACCUGCUCAUCUCCGCCGCUUGGGAUUCGACACUCCAUCUGCACGACCUCUCACAACCUGGCCAAUUCUCGACCGUUACGCUCCCAUCCAAACCCUUUUCACUUUCCGCGUCACCCACAAAACUUGUUGUCGCCAUGGCAAGUCGCGCAUUGAAUAUCUACGAGCUUCAGGCCCUGUCCAACGCCGCAAAGCAAGGGGAGGAACACGUCACUGUGGAGCCGUGGCAGCGGAGAGAGAGCAGUAUGAAGUACAUGACUCGUGCAGUAGCAUGCAUGCCCAACGACGCUGGUUACGCCAGCUCUAGCAUCGAGGGCAGAGUGGCCGUGGAAUGGUUCGACCCUAGCGAGGAAUCUCAGUCACGCAAGUACGCAUUCAAGUGUCAUCGCCAGACCGUCGAUGGCCAAGAUGUCGUCUACCCUGUGCACGCCCUUGCUUUCCAUCCUGUGCAUGGCUCUUUCGCAUCCGGAGGCGGCGAUGGUGUGGUAGCUUUGUGGGAUGGCGUGGCGAAGAGGAGAAUUCGACAGUACCAACGGUUCCCUGCGAGCGUGCAGACAAUCGACUUCAGCGGUGAUGGCAGAUUUGUAGCCGUGGGCGUUAGUCCCGGCUUCGAGGAUGCAGUGGAUGAUGUGCCUGAGGGCGCUAUCAAAGUCUUCAUCCGUGAGUUGACCGAUACGGAAGCUCAGGGUAAGAAAGUGAAAGGUUGA